AUGACAAAGGAAAACGAGUGUCUAGAUGGCCAAAUCUCAUUAGGAACCAUAGAAAAGUAAGUGAGAAAAAUUCUAAAUUCUAACUUUCUAGUCAGAAGUUGAUUAAAUUCAAUGUUUUCCUGAUUAAAAUCUUGAAAACGCUUGAUUUUAUCAGGUUUUUAUUUGAAUUUCAACUGGGUUUCAAUCAAAACUUGGAAUUUUCAGGUCAAAAGAUUGCUGCAAUAAACAUCGUCAGGAUUACUCGGGAGAAUUGUCGCUAACAAAUCGCAGAAAUGCGACGAAAAAUGAGUGUCGCGAAUCUGCGCCAAUGAGUGCGACAUCGAGAGAGUCUAGUGUUUUUUGUCGCACACAAUUUUUUUUUUCGCGACCGUCGCACAUCUCGGCGCAGAUCUGCGACAAGAGUGUGCGUGUCAGUGACGUCACAAAAACGGGCGGUUUUUAAAUCAUUGAUUUUUUAGCCGUUUGUUGAUUUUUUUGUUUGUUUUCUUGAAAUUCUUUGUGUAUGCGGUUAAUGAGUUCAACGUUUUUCUUCUUCCGACGUUUAUAUUCUUAUGCAUGAAAAAAUCUAUUGAUUUUCAGUGAUGCGAUCAAUUUUUGGAAACGAUUUGUUUAUUGGGGCUGAUAUUAAAUGGUAAGAAUUUCAUGGGCGGUUUUUGAACAAUAAAGAACAUUUUUCAGUCACGAAACUAUGAAAAUGGAAUGGAUACUGUGA